AACAAACAACACUAGAUUUAUUAUAAUUUCUCUCUUCCUUUUUUCUUAUUUUUUUCCUAGUUCAUAACAUUAACCUUAGCUUACCUUAGACUAACUCCUUCAAUUUCAUUACCUUUCUAAUUUAGCUUUCAACAUCCUUCGCUCAUCAUCACCAUGGUUUCUCCGGCGGUAGCUCGAUUCGUGGUUGGCAUUUUAGGGAAUAUCAUCUCUUUCUCCCUCUACUUAUCUCCUAUGCCAACAUUUCUAGGAAUUUGCAAGAAAAAAUCAGUGGAAAAAUACUCUGCAACUCCAUACCUACUCACCUUCUUGAACUGCAUGUUAUGGACCAUCUAUGGUUUGCCCUUUAUCCAACCAAACAACAUUUUGGUGUCUACAAUUUCAGCCAGUGGUUGUAUUAUUGAGUUUAUAUACUUAAUGCUCUUCAUUGUUCACUCCGAUGGCAAGAAAAGAAAGAUGACUUUAAUCCUUCUUGUCGUCGCCGAGAUUGCUGCCGUCAGUCUGGCUUUAGGCUUGGUGCUUCUCUUCACUCGCACCACCAAGCUUAGAGGACUGGUUUUUGGUUUACUUGGUGAUAUUAGUGGUGUUCUCAUGUAUGCUGCUCCCUUGUCCAUAAUGAAGCAAGUGAUCAAAACCAAAAGUGUGGAAUUUAUGCCGUUGGCUGUCUCAGUGGCAUGCUUUGCUAGUGGAGUAAUAUGGACACUCUAUGCAAUUCGCCCAUUUGAUCUCUAUGUUGUUGCACCAAAUGGGAUAGGUUGCUUCCUUGGGCUGGCCCAGUUGAUUCUGUAUGCAGCAUAUUAUAAAUCAACUAAGCAACAAAUUGAAGCAAGAAGAAAUGCAGAGGUUCAAAAGGUUGAAUUGGGCCUUAAAGAAGUUAUUGUGGUCACUAGAGAGCCCAACAAGGUCAACAGCAUUCCUCAAAAUGACUAUAUUACCCCUAAGACUAAUGAACAAUAAUGUUAUUAUUAAUAUCGCUUAUUAGAUAUUUAGACUUUUUUAAUGCUUUUACUUGUCAAUUUUUCUUUUGUCUUUGUAUUGGAUUGGCGGGAGUGUAUUUUAUUGCAAAUAAACUUUUCUUUUCUUCAUCUCUAUGAAAUGCAAAAAGUAUGGUUUUUAAUAUAUUAAGGUUUUGUGUAUUUUAU